AUGAACUCUGCCAGCAAUGGAGACUUCGUGACUCAGACCACUGAUGGAGCGUUUGAGCUGAUUGAGAACAUGGCUGCCACCUCAGCCAAUAAGAACGAGCUACUGAAAAACAACCAAGGGCACAUCUUCAGCAUGGAGAAAGCUACAGCCCGGCAGAUUCAGAACCAGAACCAGCGACAACCGCAGAGCAAUCGGCAAGCUGUUCCAGCUACCGGGAAUAGUCAACCAGAUGAGCUGAAGGGUCUGGGUAUGAUGAUGCAACAACUGUUGCAGGGUAUGCAGAUUCAUGGCAAGGCAUUGAAUCAGGUUUCUACAUACAUCAACACUAGGAUGGACAACAUGUUCACUGAACUGAAUACAAAGUAUGAUACAGUGAGCAACCACAUAAAGAGGAUUGAUGGUCAACUUGCUCAAACAACUGAGAGUGUCAAGAGUCAGCAAGGUACCCUUCAUGGAAAGAAAGUGAUGAUUCCUACGGUUGAGCAUUGUAAUGCAGCAGAGCUGAGAUGUGAGAAAUAUGAGGGAAAGGAACCGGAGCAACUGUCUGUUGAGACUGUUCCAGACGCAGAAGAGAGAACAGAGCACUCUGCUAGCUCUAAAGUGACUGCUCCCGACGAACUUACUGAGACUCCACCAGUUCGAGUCUAUGUUCCUAAGGUUCCAUAUCCAAUUCCACCUAGACAUUUGAUGGAUCCUAUUAGUUCAGAGCAGCUAGCUGGGUUUAGGAAGAUGGAGGAUAUCAAGGCACUCUUUACUGAAGCACUGACACCAUCGAUGAAGGUACUGCCUAAGGUUGAUGACCCUGGAAAGUUUGUUUUUCCUUGUUCCAUUGCUGGAGUGAAAUUCAUGGAAGCUCUUUGUGAUUCUGGGUCUAGUGUGAACCUUGUCUCAAAAGCGAUUGCAGACGAGUUGGGCAUUGUUGAUGUUGAGCCUUCUCUGGUGACUCUGGCUUUUGCAAACUCUUCCAUGGCAGUCCCUUAUGGCACAAUUCGCAACCUUCCUGUCCAAGUUGGAAACUGUAUUCUCCAUACCAAAUUUCAGUUUGUUGAGAUGAGCAAGGAUUAUGAGAUGCCUUGA